UCUGAAAGAAAGAAGAAUGGGUGACAUGCAGAUAGUUGCAGUAGCUAGCAAGAAAGUGGAGCCGCAGUACGUGGAGAUGAUGGUGCCUUUGUAUUCUUAUGGAUGCGAGAGGAAAGUCAAGAAGACUUUGUCCCAUCUCAAAGGCAUAUACUCGGUAACAGUGGAGUAUGAACAACAAAAGGUGACGGUGUGGGGAAUCUGCAACAAACACGAUGUUCUAUCGACGAUGAGAAGCAAGAGAAAGGAAGCUAGGUUUUGGAAACCAGAAGACAACGUGGAGAUGCAUGAGGAUGAGGCGGAGCCGUCGCCACCUUCUGUUACUCGUAAGGACUUCAAGUUCAACAAGCCUUCAUUGGCAUUGAUGAAGGCUCGAUCUCUAAGCUGGAAAGCAUGGAGAAAAGUAUUUACCCGAUCUUAUUCUUUCUAGUUAAGGAU